GACGAGCGGUCCCUGCGCUCUUCCCGUCCGGAGCGCGGGCCCCCCGGCUCUGCUGAGCUUCCCGCGGGGCGCGGGGAGCGCGCCCAGAGCCGCCCGGGCCGCGAGCGCACGGAGAAGCGCGGGACCCCUUCCCGCCGCCGUCCGGGCCCCCAGCGGACCCUGCCGUAGCCCCCGCACGCCGCGCCCGCGCCCCCGCAGCGCCCGGGAGUUCCUGCAUGACUGUCACAAAGAUGUCCUGGCGUCCGCAAUACCGAAGCUCCAAGUUCCGGAACGUGUAUGGAAAGGUGGCCAACCGGGAGCACUGCUUCGAUGGGAUCCCCAUCACCAAGAACGUGCACGAUAACCACUUUUGUGCUGUCAACGCCCGUUUCCUGGCCAUCGUCACUGAGAGCGCAGGAGGAGGGUCCUUCCUAGUCAUCCCCCUGGAGCAGACAGGCAGGAUUGAACCCAACUACCCCAAGGUCUGUGGUCACCAAGGGAACGUGCUGGACAUCAAGUGGAACCCCUUCAUUGACAACAUCAUUGCCUCAUGCUCGGAGGACACGUCGGUGCGGAUCUGGGAGAUCCCUGAGGGCGGGCUGAAGCGGAACAUGACAGAGGCUCUCCUGGAGCUGCAUGGGCACAGCCGGCGCGUGGGGCUGGUCGAGUGGCACCCCACUACCAACAACAUCCUGUUCAGUGCCGGCUAUGAUUACAAGGUCCUCAUCUGGAACCUGGACGUGGGGGAGCCCGUGAAGAUGAUCGACUGCCACUCGGACGUGAUCCUCUGCAUGUCCUUCAACACCGACGGCAGCUUGCUCACCACCACGUGCAAGGACAAGAAGCUGCGUGUAAUUGAGCCGCGCUCAGGCCGUGUUCUGCAGGAGGCCAACUGCAAAAACCACAGAGUGAACCGGGUGGUGUUCCUGGGGAACAUGAAGAGGCUUCUCACGACAGGGGUCUCCAGGUGGAACACAAGACAGAUUGCCCUCUGGGACCAGGAGGACCUAUCCAUGCCUCUGAUUGAGGAAGAAAUUGAUGGGCUCUCUGGCCUCCUGUUCCCCUUCUAUGAUGCCGACACCCACAUGCUCUACCUGGCUGGAAAGGGUGAUGGAAACAUCCGGUACUAUGAGAUCAGCACUGAGAAGCCCUACCUGAGUUACCUCAUGGAGUUCCGCUCUCCAGCCCCACAAAAAGGCCUUGGGGUCAUGCCCAAGCAUGGUCUGGAUGUGUCGGCUUGCGAGGUGUUCCGCUUCUACAAGCUGGUGACUCUUAAGGGCCUGAUCGAACCCAUCUCCAUGAUCGUGCCCCGGAGGUCAGAUUCCUACCAGGAAGACAUUUACCCCAUGACACCAGGCACAGAGCCAGCUCUGACCCCCGAUGAAUGGCUGGGAGGCAUCAACCGAGAUCCCGUGCUGAUGUCUUUGAAAGAAGGCUAUAAGAAGUCCUCGAAAAUGGUGUUUAAGGCCCCCAUCAAAGAAAAGAAGAGUGUUGUGGUCAAUGGAAUAGAUUUAUUAGAAAAUGUCCCACCCAGGACAGAGAAUGAGCUCCUCCGAAUGUUCUUCCGGCAGCAGGAUGAGAUUCGGCGGUUGAAAGAGGAGCUGGCCCAGAAGGACAUCCGCAUCCGACAGCUACAGCUGGAACUGAAGAACUUGCGCAACAGCCCCAAAAACUGUUAGCUCUCGGUGGGGCUGCUUUCUAAGCCAAUCUCUCCGUUGUUUCUACUCGUCUCUUACCUUCCCCUUGUCCUGUGAUCCCAGAGACAAAGCCAGGAUGGGAACUGGGGGAGAGCCUGAGGAGGAGAGCCCCACCUGCCAUCUCAAGAACUGGAAGCUGAUCUUUGACCUCUUGACCUCGUGCUAAUAAAAGGCCCCAGCUUCUCCUGGAGACCCACCGCUGGCAGCCCCUUCUCCUGCCUGCCACCCCAAGAGCCUCGGCUUCCCCUCGGCUGGGCAAAGACCGCGGAUUCCCUGAGGGGCGGCCUCCAUGGACCAAGGAGCAGAGGAGGAAACCAGGACCCCCCUAGACUUAGAACUGGAACUUUUCCCUUGCAAAGGAGGCUGCUGCCAGGACAUCUCAGCACCCACUGCUGGGGCUCACAGCAUCCCUGAUGGACCACACUGUAAGGGCUGGAUGGCAGGCAUCACCUGUUUUCCCUCCCCUCUCUCUCCCUCCCUCUGCGGCCCUGGAAGCCAGAUUCACCUGACAAGGGCUGCAAGCAGCCCUGCUCCUUUCUGUCUCUUGCCCCCUCUCUCUUAUCUUCAGGGAAUUAAGAGGAUUGCUCGUCAAGGCCAUAAAGACCCCUUGCCUUCCCAUGAGUCUCUUCAAAGCUCUUGCAAUACCCUUUCCCUGUUUAAUUUGUGAGGCAGGCAGGGUAGGGAAUAGUGUCCUCAUUUUACAAAUGCCAGAACGGAGGGUUGCACUGGCGAAGUGACUUACUAAGACACCCAACAGGUCAACAGUGGACCCAGGACCUAGGGUGCCUAGACCCCAGGCCAAGGCCCUUCCCACUGCAGCAAGAUGCCAAUCCCUUGGUGGCUUCACCAGUGCCCCGAUAUGUGUGGAGGAUGAGAACUGGAAGCCACUCCUACCGUCUGCCCAACACCAGUAGUGCCAAUGUGUCACACUGCCCAGCUGAGGCCCCUCACACUCAGUGCCCCUCCACCCUGCGGGCCCCCCCUGCUCUGUUCCCUCCCCCCCCAGGGGACUCCCUCUGAGAUGAGGCCUCUUCCUCCUGGAAGCUGAGGCUGAGGAGGGGGAGUCGGGCCCUGGGGAAGGCAGAGCAGGGGUUUGCUUGCUUCAAGGGGUGGAUGAUGCUCCGUGUGUGUCUCUCGCCACUACUAUCUCAGCCACUUUCAGCCUUAUGCUUGUAGAAUGACCACAGCCCCUCACAUCGGUAUAGCACUUUAAAGUUUACACAGUUCUUUGACACCUAGGAUCUCAUUGGAGUCUCCCAUCUGCUCCAGGAGGUAGGGAGCACUCUUUCCAUUCUGUAGAUGAAGAAACUAAGAAGUGGCCUGAGGUCACAGGACUCUUUUGAGAUACCACGUUUCAUUUGGUCUUCUACACAUUUUCUUUUUCUCUCUUUUUUUCCUCCAUUUUCCACUGCCCACAGUGUCCAUAAACACUGUUCUUCACAGAAUAACCACAGUUUGGGGGUGAGAUCUGGCCUGGGAAUCAAAUGGGGGCCUUCCCUAUUCUCUCAUUCGCUAGGAUCAGCUAGACACAUUGUACUCCCACCUGCUUUACCCAUGGCCGCCCUGGAGAACAUCCACAGAGGCCAGGGUUCUGUAAGCCCCUCCUGGUGACCUGGACAGGGAAAGCCCUCUGACCCCUGAGGCUUCCCUCCAAGAACCAGCUGCCCUCUCGGCCAGCUACAGCAGGGUCUCCUCACCCCCACCGCCUGCGGCUAGACAGUGUUAGCUCUCAUCUCCUCCUCCCCGCACUUCUUGAGCUUUUUUUUUUCUUC